AUGUCAUUGCCACUCCCCAGCAAAUCUGACAUAGCCAGUGAGGGAAUGGACGUGGAUGACAAGCUAGUCAAACGUACGCUCGGUUCUGACGCAGAAAACGAACCAGAGGACAAGGUUGCAAAGGAGGAAACCGACAGAUCGACCACAGAUCCUGAGUCUGAAGACAAAGAGAGCUCAGACGAUGACGCUCACAAUGACAACAAUUCAGAGGGCGAGGAGGUUUUGUCUGUGCCAGUAGAGGGUCAAUCUGGCAAUUGUAAGGCAACAGCAGAGGAGCUUGCAAAAGCAAAGGAGGACGAAGCUGCUGCUAGGGCUAAAGUGAAGGCAGAGGCUGAGAAAGCAAUGCAGGCCAAGGUUAAGGAAGAGGCUCGGGCCAAGGCAAAGAAGGAGAAGGAGAGGGGAAAGGAGAAGGAGAAGGCUACAGCCUUGGCACAGUCAGUGACAAAGCAGAAGGAUAGGAAGGAAAAGGAGGGGUCCAAAGGUUCCAAUGCUGUCACAAACGUGGAAAGGUCAAAGGUGGUAGUAGAAAAGGGGAACAAGCCAGUUCCUGAAGAAGUUGCAAAACUGGAAAAGAAAAAGCUAGUCACAGAGAAAGAGAAGGUCGACACAAGAAGGGAUGGGAAGGAGAAACGAGUCAUAGUCAUUCCUCAAGCAGUUACAAAGCCAGAAAAGAAGAAAGAGGACAAAAGCAAGGAAAAAGAGCCAGUACUGGUGCUCCUGAGCAAGAAGCACACCAUUGUAGAGGUGGAGAUUCUGGUCUCUGGCAAGGAAACGCGCGCGAAAAACCGGAAGGUCGUGGUGGAGUCUUCAAGCAAGGAGGACGAGGAUAUCCCUCUGGAUUGGGCGGAGGGAAUGGUCUUCCACACGCCCGAGUGCAUGAAGUGUGCAGAGAGGCACAAGGGUCCUCAGGGAUCCACUCGCCAGACCAUGAUGGAUUGGCUGUGCCACAGUAAUCUGAAUGACCAAGGAGCUGAACGACCUGGAGUUGCAGCUGAUGACGAUGAAGAAUGA